CUGCGCCGCCUGCCCGCGCUGCGCUCCGUAGCUGCCGCAACCCUCGCCGGCGUACGACCGCGCCGCGGGGCCGCCGCCGCGGAUGAGCCAACGCCGGGAUCCUCCGGGGAGCGCAGCCGCAGGGCGCCGCAGCCGCCGCCGCCGCCUCUCCCCCUCAUCCGCUCCGCUGCCCAUGGCCGCCCGCCGGCCCCGCUGAGCGGCCGCCCCUCGCUUCCUCCCCGCCGGGCCGGGCCGAGAAGAUGGGGAACACCACCUCCUGCUGCGUCUCGUCCAGCCCCAAGCUGCGCCGGAAUGCCCACUCCCGGCUGGAGUCCUACCGCCCCGAGGCCGACCUGAGCCGGGAGGACACCGGCUGCAACCUGCAGCACAUCAGCGACCGGGAGAACAUCGACGAUUUGAACAUGGAAUUCAACCCAUCAGACCAUCCACGGGCCAGUACGAUAUUUCUCAGUAAAUCUCAAACAGAUGUGAGAGAAAAACGCAAGAGUCUCUAUAUAAACCACCAUCCUCCUGGACAGCUGAGAAGAAAGUACAGUUCCUGCUCCACUAUUUUCCUGGAUGACAGCACAGUCAGUCAACCAAACCUCAAGUAUACCAUCAAAUGUGUAGCUCUUGCAAUUUAUUACCACAUCAAAAACAGGGAUACAGAUGGAAGAAUGCUCUUAGAUAUUUUUGAUGAAAACCUUCAUCCCCUUUCGAAAUCCGAAGUGCCACCAGAUUAUGACAAACACGAUCCAGAGCAGAAACAGAUUUACCGCUUCGUUCGGACGUUGUUCAGUGCUGCUCAACUGACUGCUGAAUGUGCCAUUGUCACCCUGGUAUAUCUUGAAAGACUUCUAACUUACGCAGAAAUAGAUAUUUGUCCAGCAAACUGGAAGCGAAUUGUGCUGGGUGCUAUUCUGCUGGCAUCCAAGGUUUGGGACGACCAAGCGGUGUGGAAUGUGGAUUACUGCCAGAUCCUGAAAGAUAUCACAGUUGAAGACAUGAAUGAGCUGGAACGCCAGUUUUUGGAGCUGUUGCAGUUCAAUAUUAAUGUUCCCUCCAGUGUUUAUGCCAAGUAUUAUUUUGAUUUGCGCUCCUUGGCAGAAGCAAAUAACCUGAGUUUUCCUUUGGAGCCCCUCAGCAGGGAUAGGGCAUAUAAACUUGAGGCCAUCUCCCGCUUGUGUGAAGAUAAAUACAAGGACUUCAGGAAAUCUGCAAAGAAACGAACCCAAAACAAAAUUUGCUGUAAGUGUUUUCUGGAUGAAGGUUUUCACUAUUGCUUUGGUCACCAGCUCAGAAACAAAAAGCUGUACACUUCAUUCUGAUGGACGCUUUUGAGACUGAGAAUCUUGGAGUCGUGAUGAAGUGCAGAUAAAAGAAAAACUACAAGAAACAUUUUCCCCUUUCAUAAGCCCUAUCGGUCUUUUGAACGAUGCACAUUUAUUAACAAAAUGCAAAAUCCGAUAGCAGGGUAGUGGGGUCCUUUUCAAUAACUGUGUUUUUUUAAUUUGCUUCUCAGUCUUUAUGUGAGAGAGGAAAAGAUCAGCAUGUGUAGCUUCAUUUACCUUGUAGUAGUUAGCUGAGUUUAUCACAUAAAGUGAAUGCGUGAUGGGAGACCUGCUCAAGUGUUUUUGAAAUCUUAGUUCAAGCUUUGCUUUUUAUUUAACACCUCUUUCUCUGUUUCCCAGCUUUGUUAAUGCUGCAAACUUUAGGUACAAACUACAGGUUAGAAGGAGCAAAAGUCUCGUCAGAAGAGAGUGACAGUGUAUUGGUGGCAGAUGACAAAGUGACAUCUGGGAGUGUUGGCUACAUGUAAAAAUAGCAGUCUGUGGGAGGGGACAGAGGAAUUGAAAUGACAGAACAGACAAAAAACAAAGCUUUAGCAGCUGAAGCAACAAAUUAUUUACAGCAAUCCUUUGCUGAUAAUGAGCACUGCAUUUUCCUUUGACUUGUUUCAGUUACUAAUUAGGGUGCUGCCCAUCCGCUGCAAACUCAUGUAGCGCUCUGCUUCUCUGAGGCACAUUUAAAGAAUUUACUCAACCUGGCUUUUAGCACUUUCUCACUGCUGUUUCAGACAUGCUUCUGCAAUCUGAUUUUUGUUUUUAUUUUUAACUUCAAUCCACAGUUCUUGAAAACACCUACCUACCUCUGCAGUGGAGUGCCCAUUUAGUAUCUCUAAUAUGUUCUGAGAAGACAAUGCAAGUUUCAACACUUCUCUGUGAUUCUCUGUGAUCUAUUAAGAAAUGUUAGUAGCUACAUCUGAAGCAUGCAGCAAGUAUCUUUCUGCUGUUUGCUUUUUCUCUUUGCCAACUGAACUGCAUUUUGAGGAAACCACAGAACUGGUGAGAGUUGGAGUUGCCUCAGCUUACAGGUACUGAUGGAAGAUACAUAACAGCUGCUGAUAGGAAAAAAUGCUUUAAAAAAGGAAACACAAAAGAAGAGCAGCUGAUUAUAAUGAUAGUUUUGUUGUAUAUGAACCUGCUUUUCUUAGUCCUCUUUUAAGAAUCUCCAAGAAGCGACUGGAAUCCCAGAAACACUGUUUGAAAAGUAAAGCCAAGAAAGCAAUGCUUGGCUUAACUUCUCUUGUCUGGGCUUAGGUCGUCAGGCACAAUGGGCAGGAAGGCACUUUUAAGAAAGGCAAGUGGCAAAGUGGUAUUAAUAGGCUGUUCCUCUUACAUUUCUUUUUGAGUGAUUGGUCUGAUGCAAUUUGAUGUAAAAGAGGGUGGCUUUUUCUGUGUGUGCCUGUUACACCAUAUGUAAUAUGCUUCAGCAUUUUUGGGGCAACUUUAAACUGCGUUUUAGUUGGGGAUACUCUGGUGAUGACAUGCUGAGCACGCUGCUUGCUCUGGUGAUAGGUGAUCACGCACUUACAUUUCCCAUAUGAGCUGUUCAAAACCUCUGUGAAGACUUUGUAAAGCUCUCUCAAGACACUGGGCAGAAUCAACUGUGAAGAUGUUUAUGAUUUCCACAGACUGAAGCAACAAUUAACCAUUAGCAACAAAAUGUCAAGUUGUACUUGUUGAACUUUCUGGCUUGAACAAUGAAAGACACAGUUACAGAACAUCUUUUUUUGGAGUGCUAUGGUAACUAAAGCAAUAAAAUUUUAUUGGUAGUCCUUGCACUUUUUCCCCUUUGGAACUGGCAGUGAAGCACCUGCUUCAAAAGUAUAUGAAGAUGUAGGUGGCUUGCUCUCCUCAACGAGGCAUUAGAAUAAAAGGUUUCCUUUGUGUAAGAGAUCCUGUGACACACUUUGAGUCUAAAGCUAAUUCUUCUCAUUCUUCUCUUUGUGCCUCUUUAUUUUAAAUACUAGUACAAGUUAUUCUGUAUGUAAACAGCAUGUUGGCAACUGGCAGCUGUGAUAUACUUGCUGCCUUCUAUUUAAAUGAUACUGAUGAUCCUGUGAUCAUACUGUGUUUCAUGUCUUUCAGGCAUUCUAAGCAUUCUUCUGUAGAAACCAGAGGGGUCAAAAAGAUGGAAAUUGGAGUGCUAUAAAGGUUAGAAAGAAAAAUUAGGUGUGUGGGUAGUUUAAUAUAAGGAAAUAAGAGGAUAAAUGUAUUUGCAUCUCCUGCAGUGCUAAUAAAUAAGGAUGUUAAUGAUGCUUUGAGUAGCUUGACGAUGAUAGAUUUCUUGGAGAAGCAGAUUGAGGGUACAGCUGUUUUCUUUAAAACACACAGGAUGUGCAGAUUGUAUUGCCAUAAAUCCUAGAAGGAGGAAGACCAUGUUGUACUGAGCAACAUCUGAGUCUUGAAUAUCCUGCAUUAGAAUUGCAGUAUUUACCUCAGUGUUGAGUUGCAAUCUGCAGUUUUUCUAUUUCAGACUUGUUUAAUUUCAGACGUAAAAUGAAUUCUCCUUGACAAUUUCACUGUGUGUGGGCAGCUAUUUUCGGUAUUAACUGCGUUAGAUGAGGAGUUUUUAUGGUAUCUGGUAAUAGAAAAAGCAUUAUUUAAAGUGUCAUUUGAACCUGUUUGCUCCCCUGGAGAGAGCAUUUGUCUGGGCUCUGCAGCUUGCUAAGAGUAGGUAAACACAGUGGUGCAAGAGCUUGUUUUUUGGAACCAUCCCCUCUGUGUUGUAUCAUGAAUCUGGGUCCAUGUGCUCCAGCCUCCACUCACACAGGGUUCCCCAGAGCACAUUACCCAGGCCCACUUCCAGGCAGCUUUAGAAGAGCUCUGGGGAAGGAGAGCACAGCCUCGGGGCAGUGCUCCAUCACACAUGCAGCACAGAGGAAAAGAAGAGGAAAGUGCAUUUUUACAAAUUACUGUUUAUACAGGAGAAGAUGGCUGGAGCUUUAAUUUCUUCAGCAGACUGCUACUGGCUUGUUUUCAGUGUUUUCAUAAAAUGUGCCUAAAAACAAGCGUGGUGUAGUGCGUUUUCUUGAGUGCUGUCCCUCAGGAUUUGCACAGGACCCCCCAAACCACUUUUUAAGGUAUCCUCAUGACAUCGGGCUGCAGCAGAGCUGUGCCAAGUGAUGGCUGCAAGGCGUGGGGCUGAGGCCAGCCUGCAUCGUUGGGCACACCACAGGGCAGGCCUGGAGUCAUGGCUGUUUGUCCGUCGUGUUGCAGAGACCCCACUGUUCCCCACGGUGUAUGGCAGCUCUUGAUGUGCCCACAGACCUGUGGAUGGGGUUGUGAUGUUUUCACACAGGCCAGGUCUGCCCUCCAGCUACAGCAGUUGUGUCUGUACUAGCAGCACUGCCAGCCUUACUGCCAGAUUGCUGCUAACCGAAUGUGGAUAUUACAGCAGGAAUUGUGAAACCUUUUUUGCAGCACGUACAUUGGUUUUGGCCUUGAACUGAAGCAGCACAAGGCUAGCAGCACGGCUGAGUGGGCCUAUAGCUCCUUCACCAACACUAGUGGAGCUGGAAACUCUAACUGGUGAAUCGGACUGCCUCAAGGCAAGAAGAGCAAGAAGAGCACGUUAGUUGAAGUGCAGGUUGCUGUUCCCUGCUCUGAGCUUCUGGCAGUUUGGGGUAGGAGUUAAUGCAGAUUGCUCUUCCCAGACUCCACAGAAAGGGGUCUUGGGGGUCUGCCAUAAGGUACUAAAUGGGGCAAAGUUUGCUAAACAGCAAGUGAAAAAACCUUUAAGUCCCUGAGGCUAAAGCUGUCAGGAACAUGGUUAUUUGCAGCAGUUUUGAAGAUCCAGCAUUAGGCUGGAUGUCAGUGCAUGUCAGUGCAGAGCAGGUGGAAGGAUGCACUUAGCAGUUCUGUUUUGUCAGUGCUACCAGCAUGAAGGCACCAGGCAUGCAUGCCCCAUAGAGUGGUCAGAGCACUGCAGCAGAAGGAUGGGCUGCAUUUCAUCCCCCGUGCCUAAAUGGUCCUGAAUAGGACCCCAGGUCAACCUUCGUUCCCACUAAUGGCAUGGCUUCCCUUACUGCCAAAUCUCCUUCUUGCUUUGAUCUGCCUGAGGUGUUGGCAAGGCAUUCUCACCAGUUGUCUUUUGCUCUCUAAAACAGCAGAAUAAAUCACUUUGGAUCCAUGUUGCUCCUUUUGGAUUAUGGUAAGAUUUUAAAUGAGAGUCGGUACUGCACUCCUAUUAAUUUUACCAACACUGAGGAAUGUGAUAUUUCUCUUUGAAAUGAAAAUCCUGCUUGAUAUAAUACAUUAAACAUGAAUUCUAUCACAAUUUAACAGGAGAGUUCCUCCUGUCCUGCCCAGAGUGUUCAGAGUUCAUUAGCAGUGAUUAUCAACAAGGCUCUCUGGGAGAAAACAAAGCAGGAAUGAUGGGAACGGCAGAAAGGUGUGUAUUGUGAAGCAGAGCUUUGAGGAGAACAACUUCACCUCCUGAACUGAUCAUUUGUUUUUUCCCAAUAUUAUGGCGGUUGGCCUACACACAAUUUGUUUAAACCAUUUUCUACACUUUAAACAAAAGGCUAAUAGCAGGUCACUGGUUAAGGUGAAAUGAAAACAGUGAAAUCAAGACCAGGUUCAAAAACUCCUUUUUGCACUGUCCUGUUAGUGCUGUGUGUGCAGAAGUAAUACGUCCAUCCUGACAGUAAUGCAAGAAAUCUACUACUAUUUUCUAACUAAGAGAAAGGCUAGAUUAUUUAUUCGUUAUUUUUCAAAAUGUAGCUGGAGAUCAAAGGCUCAUGUUGUGAAACAAAGUGAUGAAUGUACAGUCUUUUUAGGCAAAAAAAAUUAAAAAAAAAUAUAUUGGUGAAGGUCUUAUUACAUACAAGAUAGAGCUUUCAGGUUAUUUAAAAUCAUUUUUUUAAGACAUAGUUGAGAUUUAAAAGAAUGUUCCUUUGGACUUUUGCAGAGAAAUGCAUUAAAUUUGGAGAAGACAUUUCUUCACGUGCAGACACCCCCGCUCAGUGCUGGCUGCAGUGAUUCCUGAGCUUUGAGUCAUGUGUGAAAUGGAGGGGAAAACAUCACGUUUCUCUUUUCAGCUCCCCUCUUUCACUUUUGUGCUCAUGUAGCCUUUUUCCCAUGGUGCCAGUGCUGGGAUUCUGUGCCUGCUAUCAGUGACCAUGUACUUAGAUUCAUCUGUCCAUAGUAAGAGAAAGAGCAGUAUCAGUGUUCAGUAACACAGACAACAAUAUGAGUUUUGUUUCCUAAAAUGAUCAGCCAUGAAAUACAAGGAAGUGUGAAGAUCUCUUAUUUUAAUUCCGCUGUGGCUGCCUGUAUGUUACAUCUGAUAUGACGGAUUUAUUUACUGACACCCAGAACCAACACAAUAGCCCCUUCUGCUCAGCCUGCUGAAAGCUAUGAUCUGUUUGCUCCCUGCAGUGUUUGUGCUGAGAACGGAUACUAUGUAAGUACUAAAUUAAAAAUGUAGCCAGACAAAGAGAUGCUUGAUAAUCUUAUUAAGAAAUCUCUUCCCCAGCUACUUGAACAAUUUCCACAAUAUCAGCACACCGUGCUUUGAAGUUAUAUGAAAAACCCCAUUUGCAAACAAUGUCCAAGCAGGUGGCAGUCUGGCACCUCCAGCCGUGCUGCCACAGUUCCCAUCCUCACACCCUUGUGUGCUGCUGGGAGAGGUCCCCUGUGGAUGCGUGCCAGGCAGGGCAGCCCACUCACUUUUGCAGUCACCUUAAUGCCUCUUCCACACCUUGUCACCUAGGUGUGACAAGAGGUUGUGGAUGCUCUGAUCCUGGAGAUGUUAAAGGCCAGGUUGGAUGGUGCCCUGGGCAACCUAGUUGAGUACCAAAUGUGGAGAUGUGUGGCCCUGCCUGUGGCAGGGGGGUCGGAGCUUGAGUUGGAACUCCUUGGGGUCCCUUCCAACCUCAGCUAUUCUAUGAGUGUUUUAUGGUUACCACUCCUCUUUUGUUAUGUUCUGGAAGAUGCUGUGCUGUGUAUGAAGGGUUUCUGCUCGGCGACAUCCACUGGUACAGGGGAGGAGUAGGUAGUAAGAAAAAAAGAACAAAAUGUUCAUCGUGCUAUUAUCAAGGUGUAGCAAAGCAAUCCCUGAAGGCCCAUCUGAUUGGAAAUGUCCUUUCUCUUCCUUUUUGCACAAACAAACAGGAAAACGUUUGGAGCUGCCUGAGCUGGGCACCAAUGAGGCCUGUCAUCACUAGCCUGUGUAAAAAAUUGGAGAUCACAGGACUUCACAAACUUUCAAAUUUAUAUUUGCUGUAUACAGAAAUAUAAGUGUAAAAUUUGAUGUCAAAUAGAUGUUGGGGAAAAAAAAAAGCUGGAAUUUUGUGUAUACUAGAUUUUUGUGUGUUGCAGCAGAGCAAAUUAGUAAUAAUGUCAUUUACUAAUGUAACUACCUUUUUUAGCAGGAGUUAAGCAGAUAUUAAUAAUGUGGUUUUGAAAAUCCCAUGGACUCACUUUGUGCUUUCAUUGCUUAGUAAAAUUAACUACUUCUGAAGAAAUUGGCCCUGAGAUUCUGAGUAGGAAUGUACUUCUCAUUACGAAAUUUCCCUUCAUAUUAGUCUUGAAUUGUUUAAAGUUAAGUUCUUGGUUGAAUAAUGUUGACUUUUCUGAAUGAAAACAUGAAGGAGAAAGAAUUUUUCUGUUUGUUGACAUCAUAGAAGAAGACAUCUUUGAGGAAGAUGACCUUUCUGAACCUUCAGAUAUUUAUAAGGGGAUCUGCCUGAGGCAAAGUAAAAGAGAAAUCUGAAUACUUGACAGUACACAGUCUAACAUUCACUGACUGAGCUGAAGAAGAGGCAUACAAGAUGCUGCAGGCAGCAGGUGUGAGUAUCCAAGCUGACCAACAUGUGGAAAUUACAUUUAAGUCCAAUCCAUAUGAGCAGCUAAGAAAGAGCUGAAUUCCUCUGUUCUGGAUGUGCUGGACUGUUUCAGCCACAUGUGCUCUGUAUUUAUAUAUGUCCAAGUAUGUGUGCACAGAUCUCCUUCCCGGGAGUGGAAAGAGAACAGCAGAGGAAGAUGGACAAGUUCUUUGAAAAAACGCCUAAACAACGCCCAGUGGGAUCGUUGGGUUUGAGGCCAGCAGUGGGAAUAGGAGCACCUCGUUUAAGCUCCCGUUGAAUUGUUCAUGAUGGAAAGCAUUCUCCUCUCUAUUGCCUCAGUGCACGUAGGCUCCAUGGUGCUAAUUCCUGAGUUGCAGUGUUCUUGUUUGCUCAGUGUUUGCACAGCUUUGGCACCUGUUUUAUUGAGGACUGCUGAUAGGGGAUCUCCAGGAGGCACACAGAGGUGCAGAGGAAACAUUUAUUCCUGCUGCUUUGCUGCUCUUGUCCUUUGUGACUAAUUUGUUCUCUUUCUCUCACCUUUCUGCUGUAUUUCUGUAACUUAAAAAAUAAGGUCACCUAGGCUUUUAUUUUAAUAUCACUUAGUGCCCUUUCUGAAUGUUUUUUUUUUUCCCUUCAAUUUAUAGCUCACUCUCUGAAGAGAUUUACUGCGAGAUUGGCCACGAGUAGAUCAUAUUUGCUAAUUAAAAAAAAAUUGACAGAUCUUAUAAUUAGACUUUAAAAUGUUAGGUAUGCAUCCAAUGUUUUUCUUUCUUUAAUAAAAAUCUACCAAAACCCAACACAGAAAUGACAGCUCCCUUUCCAUAUUAGGGAAGUGGUAACAUUGACCCAUUUUUACCUUAGCGUUAAUUAAACUGUCAUAAGGAGUCUGUGAUGCUGUUGGCAGGUGCUCUGCAGGAUGCAGUCUCCUGUAGUAACUCUCAGUACAGUACCCUGCAUGUCAUUAGUGUAGAUGUUGACUGGGUGAGACAACAGCAGCUGGGACUUAGGAAUACUGGAGUUGCUGCUGGUUUUGUUGGGUUGGAUGUGUGGUGGAGAUGGGCGGCCUUCAGGUGACUGAUUUGCUCCUGGGAUGGGAAGUCCUGAAGUGGUUCAAGGCUAACUUUGCAUUAUCUCUUGAUAUGUGAGCCAAUGACAGAGCAAAGUGGCUUUGCUGGGCUUUUGUGCAAAAUAACCCAGGGGACUGGAGACAGGAAUGUAGCUUCAGUAGCUCAGAACAUUCCAGUAAGUCACUCACAGCAAUGGAGUCACAUCUGCAAAUGUUUGCAGAAUCAAGCCUCCCCUUCAUCUGUGAUAAGGGUUUAGAAAUGUAGACACCAGUUGUGGAUUUUUAAAUAGAUUUAAUUGCAUCUUCUUAGGUUUCAUUGUUGGCCUAUGAAAGCUUUCCUGUGGCUUUUAAAGACCCCUUCUAAAAUCAGCCAUGAUAAGAUACCUCUGGAUUUUGAAGCUUAGCUUUACCCAAAGCCACGUCUGGCUUUUCUGUGUGUCUUUCCUAUUUAACUACAAUUAACUCGAGCUGAACUUUA